UUUGUGGAGACCUGUUAUCAAUGCUGGACCAGCCAUCUGACACCUGCCUUAUCCUAAGGAAGGACAAGUCCAGUCCAGUCUGAUUGCCCUGCAGUGAAGCAAGUUUGAUCCAACCUGUUAAAGGAAGAAAAAAACGAGCAAUUUACAACUUUAAAUAAUGAUAAACACAUCCAAACCUAGAAUGAUAAGCGCGUGAAGUGGGAAACUCGGGCUAAAAUGGAGCUUUUUUUUGCAAUGUGGAUCGGAACCUUGUUGCAGUAUUGCCAAACGGCUAUUUAUACUAAUGACUGGGCCUUACGGAUAAACCAAGGUUCCAAAUCUGCCAACAGGAUUGCAGAGAAAUAUGGAUUCACAAAUCUGGGACAGAUGCGAAGGCUAAAGAAUUAUUACAUCUUUCACCACCACGCAACAGCAGCGCGAUCCACAGUGCCCAACGACGUGUUGACAGCUCGCAUCACCAUGGAGACCGAGGUGGAAUGGCUCCAACAGCAAGUGAUCCAGAAAAGAGUGAAAAGAACUCUGUACUCAUUCAGCAAAACGAACCCAAAAUGUGCUGGUUCUCACCACCAGCACAACUACACUCACUUCCAGCACUUAAAAGACAAGUACUGGAACAAUCUCUGCAGCAAGGACUCCAAAGGCCGUCUGCCUCCCAUGAAUAUUGGUGGGGCUUGGAGGAGGGGUUACACCGGCAGGGGUGUGGUGGUGUCCGUUUUAGAUUAUGGCAUCGAUGGAGAACAUCCAAACCUGAAACUGAAUUACGAUGCUCUCGCCAGCUUUGAUGUGAACGGACAAGAACGGCUUCCUCCGCCGAGAUAUUCCGAGAGGGCUGCCAACUACCAUGGGACUCGGUGUGCAGGAAUGGUGGCCGCCACCAUUUCAGCGAACACCUCCAUGUGCAGCAUGGGAGUGGCAUUUCGCACACGGAUUGGAGGCAUCCGGAUGCUGGAAGGAUUGGACGGAGAAGUAACUGAUAUGGUGGAGGCGCAGGCACUAAGCUUCCAACCGCAACACAUUGACAUUUACUUGGCCAGCUGGGGGCCAGAAGAUGACGGUACCACUGUGGAUGGGCCCGGUCCCCUGACUCGCCUCGCUUUGCGAACUGGCGUUCAAACAGGCCGACACGGACGAGGCUCUGUUUACGUCUGGGCAUCAGGAAGCGGCGGUCAUAGAGGUGACCACUGCUCAUGUGACGGCUAUAGCAACAGCAUUUACACCAUCUCCAUCACCAGCGGCAGCAUACACCAGGAAAGGUGCUCGUCCAUUCUGGCCACAGCCUCCACUGCACAUGGAAUUAACUGUGGUACGGCUAAAUGGGGCUCAGCCCUUUCGGCGUCAGCAGCAGCGGGCGUUAUUGCACUCACCCUGGAGGCCAAUCCUCUGCUUACCUGGAGAGACAUCCAGCACAUAAUCGUUUGGACAUCAGAAUCUCAUAAACUUGUGGCAACCGACUGGCAAACAAAUGGUGCCGGACACAAAGUGAGCCACCUGUAUGGCUUCGGCCUGCUGAAUGCAGAGAGGAUGGUAUUGCAGGCCAAACAAUGGCAAAGGGUCCCCCCACAACAGGCAUGCACUGUGAAGGCACCCAGUCCGUUAAACAGAAUCCUGGAUGGCGUAUUGACAUCGAUGCUUGAGGCGUCUGGCUGCUCUGCCUCUUCCCGAUGGCAGCAGAACGUGGCCUUUGUAGAGCACGUGGUGGUGCGUGUCACAGUGGCUUGCCGUCGCCGUGGCGACCUUUCCAUUGAGCUCACGUCGCCCUCGGGUACAGUGUCACAGCUUCUUGAUAAAAGGCCUCACGAUAACUCCACUGAGGGUUUUCACCAGUGGGAAUUCAUGACAACCCACUGCUGGGGUGAGCAGGCGGCUGGUGAAUGGACCUUAAACAUCCGUGACUCCCCUUCUGAAAGAAGGGAAAACUCUCAAAUAGGGAUGCUGCAGGAAUGGUCACUAGUGAUUUAUGGCACCGCGUGGCCAACGUAUCCCACUAGACGCAGACCAGCACGAUCAGCCGAGACACCAAAGAAUGCCAAUUUCACUGAAGAAUACAUUGGACCAUGCAACCCAGAAUGUAGUGAUGAUGGCUGCGAUGGUCCUAGCCCAUGGCAGUGUGUCACAUGUGCCCACUUUUUCCUUAAGUUCAAGAACAACACAAGAAUGUGUGUGUCCAGGUGUCCGCGAGGAUUCUGGGCUGACAGGCGGCGUUGCAAACGCUGUUACACCGCUUGUGAAAGUUGCACCGGAAGUCGCAGUGACCAGUGCACUUCCUGUCAAGACGGGUAUUAUCUAAACGAGGGCACCAAUACUUGCACCGAUGUCUGCGAGGAGAGCUACUUUCUGGACCACGAUGCAAAAAUGUGCCGAAAGUGCAGCGAGAUGUGCUCGAAGUGCACAUCCUCCAGCAUCUGCACAGAAUGCAAAGCAGACUCAAGUCUGCGUGGGAACCAGUGCCAGUGGAAUUGCUCGCCAGGAUUGUAUUACAAUGAGGCUGAGGGCGCAUGCAAACCUUGCCACCGGGUGUGCGCCGUUUGUGCCGGUCCUGGCGUGGAGGCGUGCACAGAGUGUGCAAACAGCUACCUGAUGGAGGAAUGGAGGUGCGUCUCCUCCUGCAGCAGCGGCUUCUUCGCCACAAACUCAGAGAUAGCCGGCGGGCGCGAGAUGUGUAGGAGGUGCGACGCCAGCUGUUUCACCUGUGUUGGGCCGAGUCGGGGUAACUGCAGCAGCUGUUCAAGCGGUCACAGCCUACAGGAGGGCGAAUGUGUUCUCCACACGGCGUGCGCAGAUGGGGAGUACGAGGACAGCAAUGAAACAUGUCAACCCUGUCAUCAGACAUGCUUGAAGUGCACAGGACCCCAACAUCAAGACUGCAUUAGCUGUGACACCUCACAUGCUCUGGACGAGGGCCACUGUCUGACGGAGUGCGCCAGAGGCAAGUACCGGGCGAGUGGGCAGUGCCACCUAUGUGACCACACCUGUGCUACCUGUGUAGAGGCCGGGCCUGCCAACUGCACAAGUUGUGACACCGAUAAAUUUGGUAUGGCGCGUUACCUCCACAAAGGCCACUGCGUGGACGCCUGUCCAGAGGCCUUCUACCACACUGAAGAAAGAAGCUGCAAGGCCUGCUCACACCAAUGCACGCUCUGCACAAGCUCCACCCACUGCCUUAGGUGCAACUCGUCCUACUACUUGACUGACGGCACCUGCGCCAAGUUGGAGUGCGGCGAAGGCGAAGUAGAGGAUCCAGAUUACAGCAACUGCAUGGCCUGUGAAGAGGGCUGCAAGGAGUGUGUUUUAUAUAACCCCAGGCAUUGCCUGUCCUGUAAAGAAGGCUUUUACAAUUUCCAGGACAGCUGUUACAAAAACUGUCCCGCCAAGACGUACAGCGUAGACGAGGAAAUGACUUGCAUCCCUUGCGACAACAAUUGCGUGAGCUGCGACCAGCACGAGUGUUACUGGUGCGAAACAGACCUCUUUUUGUCAGAGGGACAGUGUGUGUCCGUGUGCCCUGAGGGUUUUUACGGUGACGAAGACACGAACGAUUGCGAGGAAUGCCACGCCAACUGCGCAUCAUGCAGAGGUCGAGAGGAUGAUGACUGCAUGUCAUGCAAUGAUGGCAAAAUCCUGGAAGAUGGACAGUGCGUGACCAACGACAUCUGUCCCGUGAAGACCUUUCGCAGCGAUGAUGGUCAAUGUGUGGAGUGCCAUCCAUCAUGCAAAUCUUGCUCUGGAAAAAACAAGAACCAAUGUACCAAAUGUACGAAAGGGCACUUCCUGAGCCCUCAGCAAACGUGUGUGACAAAAUGUCCACCGGGUUCAUUCGGUGACCGGCUGAGUGGCGAGUGCGAGGCGUGCCCCGUUGGCUGUUUGUAUUGCGUGGACCAUGAGCGCUGCACACGCUGCCUGAGCCGUUCCACAACAUUAUUUCUACAAGAUGGCCAAUGCGUCCAGCAGUGUGUCAGAGGCUAUCCCAUCGGUCAGGUGUGUCGGGACUGUGCGUCUAACUGCGCGUCUUGUGAGAAGAACGCCUCCUACUGCUUGAGCUGUGAGGAACCUCUCCUGCUGUUAAAUCACCAGUGUGUGGAGCAGUGUCCUGCGGCACAUACGGUUCACAUCCGGGAAUGCAUACGCUGCCCUUCGGCCUGUGACGAAUGCAGUCCUAUUGGAGAGUGCACAGCCUGUGAGGAGUAUCACUUCUUACAUGAUGGCACGUGCGUACUCGACUGCCCUGACCGCUUCUUUGGCGAUAAUGAGCGACAGGAGUGUCUGGCCUGCCACCCUUCCUGCAGUUUGUGCGACGGUCCCAGAGGUGACGACUGCGAUGCAUGUGUAAACCCCCGGGCCGCACUACGCAAUGGAGAAUGCCUGACUGAGUGUCCCGCUAGGUCCUUCAUGGACGACAGGACAGGAGAAUGUCAAGAGUGUGACGUCUCUUGCCUAACCUGCAUGGGGCCCCAGGCCGAUUCCUGCUCAGGCUGCAAGGAGGGCUUCAGACUGGAGAGCCACUGGCAGAAGGGUCAUGGUCGCUGUCUUCCAUCAGACGACGAGUGCUCGCAGCAUGAGUACUUUGACGAGUGGGGGAAAUGUCGGCCGUGUCACAAGAACUGCCGCCGCUGCUAUGGCCCAGGGAAAAACCACUGCUUGGCCUGCAAGCAGAGAUAUCUUCUUCUCAAUGGCAGCUGCGUGGACGAAUGCCCAUUAGCCUUCUACGCCGACGAAUUGCGACAGAAAUGCGAAGCGUGCCACCCGACCUGUCGGUCCUGUGGCGGGAAACACAGCUAUGAAUGUCUGACCUGUAAGGACCAGCUAUUUCGCCAAGGACGGGAGUGUGUGGAGACAUGUCAACACAGUCACUAUGGAAACCAGGAUUCUGGAGCAUGCGAGCCAUGCAACCCAAAUUGUGGCGAGUGUACAGGGGACGGGGCCUGCCUGAGCUGCACGAUGGAACUGGUCCUGAUGCCGCAGGAAGGCCGCUGCCUCCACAACUGCCCUCAGGGAUUCUACCGGCAUCAAGAUGACCACGGCAUGCAUGCCACCUGCGAGCGUUGCCAUGGCAACUGCGCAACGUGCUCAGGAAAGACCUCUCACUCCUGUGACUCAUGUGGGCCGGGUUACCUCCUGUCAGGCAGCAUGUGCUUGUCUGCAUGUGACACCGCCAAAUACCCGCUAAUCAAGGGUUCCAGUCACAGCUGCGAGGACUGCCACCCUUCCUGCCUGCGCUGCGAGGGUCCCGGAUCAACCAAUUGCAGCGCCUGCCCCCCAAACGCCAUUCUUGAAGCCGGGGGGCGCUGCCUCCUUUGCUGCCACUCGGCGGCAUCCCACACCCACGAUUGCUGUAACUGUACUGAAACAACAGGGGAGUGCAUCCUCAGCACCAACCUGGCGUUCAGGAAUGAGGAGGGGCACGAUGAGGAGGAGGCAAAGGGCAACCUGGUGGUCUUCAUCAUUGCCUGUGUCCUUCUCGUAGCCGGACUCAUCGCCGCCAUCUUCCUCAUCCAACACUCUCGCUCUAAGAGGACGUCUUCGGACGGGACUUCGCGUGGCUACGAGAAGCUGGAUUCAGGUGCUGCAUCCAGUUCCCGAGGCUACAGCUCCUCCUCAUCAUGCUACAAAGGCACGCAGAUGGUGGACUUCGGCAAACGUGGCUCCGAUGGAAAAGACCAUGAAGAUGAGGAUGAGGAAGAGGACAUUGUGUACAUGAGUCAAGACGGGACCGUGUACAGGAAGUUCCGCUACGGACCACCGGGGGAAGAUGAUGACGAUUUGGAAUACGACGAUGAAAGCUAUACAUAUCGAUGAAACCUAUAGACAACUGCUGCCCAAAAGUAUUGGCACCCUUGCAAUCGUCAGAUAAUGCUCAAUUUCUCCCAGAAAAUGAUUGCAAUUACAAAUGUUUUGGUAGUAAUAUCUUCAUUUAUUUUGUUUGCAUUUAAAAAACACAAGGAGAAUUUAAAAAAAAAAUAGAUCAGUAUCAUUUUACCCAAAACUCCAAAAAUGGGCCAGACAAAGGUAUUGGCACCCUCAGCCUAAUACCUGGUAGCACAACCUUUAGACAAAAUAACUGCGAACAACCGCUUCCGGUGUCCAUCAGUGAGUUUCUUACAAUGCUCUGCUGGAAUUUUAGACCAUUCUUUCUUCCAGUCUUUGAGAUUUGAAGAGUGCCUUCUCCAAACUGCUAUUUUCAGAUCUCUCCACAGGUGUUCUCUGGGAUUCAGGUCUGGACUCAUUGCUGGCCACUUUAGAAGUCUCCAGUGCUUUCUCUCAAACCAUUUUCUAGUGCUUUUUGAAGUGUGUUUUGGGUCAUUGUCCUACUAGAAGACCCAUGACAUCUGAGGGAGACCUAGCUUUCUCACACUGGGCCCUACAUUAUUCUGUAAAAUUUGUUGGUAGUCUUCAGACUUCAUAAUGCCAUGCACACGGUCAAGCAGUCCAGUGCCAGAGGUAGCAAAGCAACCCCAAAACAUCAGGGAACCUCCGCCACGCUCGCCAGUGGGGACUGUGUUCUUUUCUUUGAAGGCCUCGUUUUUUUCCCCUGUAAACUCUGUGUCGAUGCCUUUUCCCCAAAAAAGCUCUACUUUUGUCUCAUCUGACCAGAGAACAUUCUUCCAAAACGUUUUUGGCUUUCUCAGGUUAGUUUUGGCAAUCUCCAGCCUGGCUCUUUUAUGUCUCUGGGUCAGAAGUGGGGUCUUCCUGGGUAUCCUACCAUUGAGUCCCUUUUUAUUCAGGCCAUGUCCACACGUAGCAGGGUUUUUUUUAAAAACGAGGAUUCUGCCCUAAUACGUCGGGGAAAAUUAAUUGCGUCCACACCAGCACGUUUAUGUAGGGAAAAAAAACUUCCACAGCCAACUGCUUUCAUUCAUUUCUAAGUACUUUCAAAACGAUAAAAUAAUUGUCCAAAAUACCCCCUUAAUAAGAAGCACAGCAAGAGUUUGUAAAAAAAAAAAAAAAAAAAAUGGAAGCAAAACAGCACCUAUUUGAUAUACUCCAAAUGUAAAAUUGAUCUCAAGUGUGACGUGAGGACAAAAUUUGUCGCAGCCAGUGACAUAAAUCUUCGGUUAUCAGUGUCCACAUGAUGGAGCCACAAACGCAGAAUUCGCAAAUCUUCAACUUCCCCAUCGUUUUAAGAACCCUGGUUUAAAUCUGCGUGCGCGUGUGGAUGAUAGGUCAAACUGUAGAAAAAUAUCUUCUUUUUGCCAAAUACCCUGCUACGUGUGGACAUGGCCUCAGACACAGACGGAUAGUAUGGGUUGACACUGUUGUACCCUUGGACCACAGCUUGAACUUUUUGGGAUGUUAGUCAAGGCUCUUUAUCCACCAUCGGCACAAUCUUUUGUUGAAAUAUCUUAUCAAUUUUUCUUUUCCGUCCACAUCAAGGGAGGUUAGCCACAGUGCCAUGGGCUUUACACUUACUGAUGACACUGCGCACGGUAGACACAGGAACAUUCAGGUCUUAAGAGAUGGACUUGAGAUUGCCCAUGCUUCCUCACAAUUGUACUUCUCAAGUCCUUAGACAGUUCUUUGGUCUUCUUUCUUUUCUCCAUGCUCAAUGUGUUACACACAAGGACAGGGGUUGAGUCAGUGUUAAUCCAUGUUAACUGGUUGCAUGUGUGAUUUAGUUAUUGCCACAAGUAAGGAACAGUGCUGUUAAUUGCACAAAUUAGAGAAGCAUCACAUGAUUUUUCAAAGGGUGCCAAUACUUUUGUCCAGCCCACUUUUGGAGUUUUGCGUAAAAUGAUCAUGAUUUAUUGUUUUCCAUUCUCUUGUGUUUUUUCAUGGCAAGCAAAAU